AUGACGCGGCUGGACGAUGAGUCGUACGCAAAGUUUGCGGAUAUGCCGGUCGGCAUUCAGGGAUACACGACGCUCAAAGCUCCCUUUAUGGGAAGCCUGCCGCCCACCAAGGACAGGGAGCUCAAGUGGUGGGGGCAAAAGAUCUUCAAGAACACCAAGGAGGUCCUUCCCGGGCGCUUCAUCUCGAUGCCGCCCGCGGAAGCCGACUAUGCGCAGUGGAAGAUAUCCGAACGGCUCAAGGAGGACAUUCUCAACGUGAGCAGCGCCUUCUACGGAAGCCAAGCUGCCAAGUGGAAGUUUGAAAAGCACCGCAUCUGCUGGGAUGCCUUCACCACCAGCUCCGACUUCAUCAUCUCGCCGCACACGGCGGCCAAGGGACUCUACGUGGCGACGUGCGGCUCGUUCCACGGGUACAAGUUCUUCCCCGUGAUUGGGAAAUACGUGGUGGACAUGUUGGAGGACUCGCUCCCGGCCCAGCUGGCGAACAAAUGGGCGUGGGACCGCGAAAGGCCCGACCCGUCCGUCAACCCCGACUGGCCGAGCUUCGAGAUGAAGGACUUGCUGGAUCCUGUGAGGGAGUCGAGGCUUUAA